UAAACAUUUGAGGCAGCGAACAACCCCAAAAGGACAAACCGUCGUCAAUGUUUAACCAGGCGGUUCAGACAUUAACGAGAACCACAGUCCAAAUACACCGAUAAGAACAAGAACCAGUACAGUACUCCUGUAGUACCGUAGCAGCAGUAGUAGUCGUCUUCGUCGUAGUUAACUAGCAGUACAGAAGCAGCUGUCGUCAUGUUGAGUUACGGGGCCCGGAGAAUCUCGUCCCGCUGGCUAACAGCAUGCCUCGGUCGCGGAGGAUCCGGGCCGAGCGGGGCCCGCGGCCUGAGCUCGGCCGGCGUGCGGCUUGACCUGAGCGGCGUGUACCCUCCCAUCGUGACCCCCUUCACCGAGCGGGAGGAUGUCGACUACGACAAGCUGGAGCACAACCUGCACAAGUACGCAAAGAUUCCCUUUAAAGGUCUGGUGGUGCAGGGCUCCAAUGGCGAGUACCCUUACCUGACGGAGGAGGAGCGCGUGGAGGUGGUGAAGAGGGUCCGACGCUCGAUGCCCGCAAACAAGCUGCUCAUUGCCGGGUCCGGCUGCGAGUCCACUAGAGCCACACUGGAGCUGACGGCCAAGAUGUCAGCAGCCGGCGCCGACGCCGUCCUGGUCGUGACGCCGUGCUUCUACAAAGGCAAGAUGGACUCUCAAGCCCUGUUGCAGCACUUCACUAAGGUGGCGGACGACAGCGCGGUUCCGGUGAUCCUUUACAGCGUCCCGGCCAACACAGGCCUGGAGCUGCCGCCGGACGCAGUCGUGCGUCUGUCCGAACAUCCGAACAUCGCAGGACUCAAGGACAGCGGCGGAGACAUCACCAGGAUGGGCCUGAUGAUCCACAAAACCAAAGGUCAGGACUUCCAGGUUCUGGCAGGCUCGGCCGGCUUCCUCAUGGCCGCCUACUGCGUUGGUGCAGUGGGCGGAGUCUGCGCACUGGCUAACGUUCUGGGUGUGCCGCUGUGCGACUUGGCGCAUUUGUGCAUGUCGGGUCACUGGGACCAAGCCCGAGAGCUGCAGCGGCGACUCAUCGAACCCAACGCCGCGGUAACCAGGAGGCUGGGUGUGCCCGCCCUCAAGCAGGCCAUGGAUUGGUUUGGCUUCCACGGUGGCGUCUGUCGUUCGCCUCUUCGGCCACUCGAACCCGAACAGAUGCAACAACUCCGACGAGACUUCGCCUCUAAUGGAUGGCUCUGAAUGUGUUCAUUAAAUACAAAAAGCACAUCAAUAAACCUACACUACUCAAAAAUGUUUGUCAACGGCACAAUUUUAACAGGAUGUUCGAGACUGGAGGAGUCACAGAAAGGUAUAUUUGUGUAAAUCCUUGGAAUUAAAAAAAACAAACAAACAUGAAUUUUUCCGUUCAGCUAAGGUAGAGAAGAGGACGCUGUGCAAAAAGUACUGAAACGCUGAAGAGUUGGGCAUGUGCAUUCAAAGGUUCAGAGAAGAUGUAAAGGUUACAGUGCAUUUAUCUUCCUCAUGAAAUUCAUGUAUUUUCUUACACAAAGAUAUAAUAUCUUCCUUGUUUUUCAACAAAAUGCAAUUAUACACAACUGGAAUUUUUUGAAUUUUGAAUUUUAAGUAUUUAAUGUUGAAUCCAGUGAUAAUUGAUAUUAAACUAAACUGUAUUUAAAUGAAUUGGGAAUCAAAAGUAUUAUUUAAGCAUUUAUUUUUAUCGUAAAUGUAAUGAAAAGUCAAUAAAAAAAAUGUCAAAUUCAUUCGUCUUUAUCCGACUGGGAACUUAUUUUAUGUGGGCUUUCAUAAUGGGUGCCCAUCAAUCAGGUGACUCCUCCCAGCCAAUCAGUGACCAACAAGGGUAAUGCAAUGAUAUUUAAAUCAUGCAUUUUUUUUUUUACGAUUACAUUCAAUAAUGUAAUAAAAUGUUAAAAAGUUUAAAAAGUUUAGCCUGUUCACUUGUGGAAUAUUCCAAACAGUUUUUUGAGCAUUCCUGAACUUUCCCAACAAAUUCAAAAUAAGAGAAUAUUUGCAAAACAAACCAAUAAUGUUCAUCAGUUUCAACAAUAAAUAUCUUAUCUUUAUAGUGUGUUCAUUUGAUUAUAUGUUGAAAAGGAUUUGCAAAUCAUUGUAUUGUUUUCAUUUACAUUUGACACAACGUCGCAACUUCAUUGGAAUUGGAGUUUGUAGUUUUAAAUGUAGUUAAAAUGUUUAUAUUUUGGUUUGUCAGUCACACACUUAAAAAAAAUUUAUCAAAAGUGUUUAAGUCGAUGUGAUUUGACAAAAAAAUAUUGCCUUUUAAAUGUUUCAUUUCCAUUAAGCACAUAAAUACUCUGUGACUGUUUCCCAAUGACAAAAAAUGUCAUCUACAAAUUGAAAUUGGUAAAUAAAAAGUUGCAUUUUCUUAUACAUUUGUUGAGAAGUUGAUAAAACUUGAAAUUAGUUGUCUUUAUCUAACUUUAUUUGGGCUUUCAAACGAGACAUACUCUGUACAAUGUGACCACUCCCAGCCAAUCAUUGAAGAAUGCCAACAAACCAUGGAGGAAUGUUAUUUUAAUUUUUAGAAUUAUGUUUUAAAGAUGACUUAUUUUAAAAAUAAAGCUAUGUUCAUUUUU